AUGGGAGACAUGGACGUACCUAGUCCAUCUCUGAGUCUCUUGCGCGCUAUCAGUCCCUACAGCAUGACGUUUUUGCAUCGCGGGCAAACGCGAGCACAAGUGAUCGACACGCUCGCCAAGCUCAUCUAUGUACCCGAGACCGACGGCCAUCGAGUCUGGCUGCUCAUUAGUCAAGUUGAAUGCGUCAUCGCACUUUUGGUGAGCGUAUACCUGCUCUUGCGAAAAAAGACGUACUGCACGCUCUGGCUUGUCUCGAAGAGGGAGUCGGCAUUUGGCGGUUUGUACGUGACCAAUGCAGUCUUCACUCUGGUGAUCGGGAUAGGUGUCUAUCUACUAGCUUGGAGGGCUACAGCGAUCACGGCAACAGCGUUUUCGAUUGCGCGCCGCAGCUCGAUUGCGUGGUGGUGGAUCAUUCCGGCUCCGUGGACGCCGCUCGUGGUUGGUGCAUACGUCAGCAUGCAUGGCUUCAUCCUCAGUUCUAGUCCGCGAUCUCCACUGUCGCCCGUCAACUCGGCGCGGAACGCUGAAUGGUUCUACUUGCCGGUAGCCAAGAGGCCUGCUGUUGUCAACACAACCCUCGUUCUUGCGCCUGUUCUGUAUGUGAUGGCCACUUUGGUCAUCUGUGGCUUUGCUGCUCAACAAUAUCAUGUCGCCAAGCAUCUGGCCUCAGACAUUCUGCCCAUCGACAUCCUCGACAAGAUCACGUACAAUUCCAACUCCGGACACUUGGAUUCUAGCCUGACAGACGUCUUGGCAUCCGACGAUUUGCUAUGCGCCUCGCGCCGAGUGGCUGCUGCGUAUCUGGAUGUGCACAGGCUUGUCUGCAUCAACCUGAUCCUGUCGAGCAUUGGCGCGUUCUGCAUUUCCAUGGCGGCUGGCUUGUACGGUGUACCGAACAGCGUGUAUCUUGUCGAUCACGCGUGUUCUCUUGAUGCCACUAGCGCGGCUUGUACCAUGAACCAUGUGCAGAAAACCAUGUGGUUGAUCAGCAGAGGUCGGUCGACGCAUUCGGACCAAGCUGCUGGAUCGCCGAGCGCGAAUACGUGCAAGAUGACGCUGUUUGCCCAAGCCUAUGUGUGGCUGAUCGUGAUUUGUGCGCCACUGUUUGGCGUGGUCCCGAUCGUCAUUGUGGCCAGCUCGUUUCCAAGCGAGGUGCAGAAUGGCGACUUUAGUCCGACGUUGCGCGUCGUCAUUGUCAUGGUCAGCCUGAUCAUCCUUGUCGGCGUAGGAUUGUAUGUAUUUAUAUGUACCGUGUUCACAUUGGAUCCUCUCUUCCGUUCGGCGCUCGGUCUCAACUUGUUGAGGACUCGCAUUCGGAUCGAGGUGAAAAUCGUCGAGAGUGCGAUCGAAUGCGUUGCGACGGGACACGCAUCGUCAAGUGUCGAAUCGACAGUCAAGGUGCACGAACCCGGUCUCGACACGCCUAGCAACGGCCUUGGAUCGGUAGAGCGUUGCUUGCUUGCGUCCAACCAUUUGCUUCUCCCAAGUGGCGAUGCCCAGCUUUCGACUACCAACGCUUGGUCUUCUUCGUCCACUUUGGUGGAUCUCGCCAGAGAUCCACUUGGCCAUCCUGUGCACCAACUCAAAAACAUGCAUUGA